AUGAGACUAGUAUCGCACGGAUUGCUAUUAUUAGCAGUGGCGAUUCAAAGAUCGGUUCAGCAAGCCUUUGAGGAGCAGACCGGCAGCAACAGUACUAGCAUCAGCACGGGAGGCUCAUCCACAGGGUCAAGCUCGUCCUCUGCACUCUCGUCGCUGGCGGGAGCCGUCUCUUCGUCGCUCUCGGCAUCGUCCUCCACGACACCAUCGUCGUCGUCCGAAGCUACAUCAUCAUCGUUCUUGUCGUCGUCUGUGACAUCGGCCAGCUCAAGUUCCAGUGGUUCUUUGGCCUCGUCGACAACCUCAAGAAGCAGCUCGUCGUCGCCUUUGUCGUCAACCAGCGCUGCGCUGACGUCGCUGACUUCCAUAUCAUCGGGAACGAGCCGGACCAGCAGCAGCAGCAGCAGCAGUAGCAGAAGCUCCAGUUCUGGCUCUUCUAGCGAUGAUUCUUCCAGUGCUCGUGCUUCCUCAAGCUCCUCCCCAAGCUCCUCCCAGAGCUCCUCCCAGGCCUCGUCAUCGAGCUCUUCUGGUUCGAGCGCAAGACCCAGCUCCAGCUCAUCUGUCCCGGAAUCAACCACAUCCUCCUCCGCAACUUCCUUGUCUUCCAACCCUUCCUCUACUACUUCUUCAUCCGAUUCCACCUCACAGACUCAAGACGGCCAAUCCUCGUCCAUCACGGCUGCACCCUCUACUACUAGUUCCCAAACUCUUACCACCGUUGUGGAUGGCAGAACUUUAGUAUCUACGGUCUAUUUUACCGCUUCUGGUGCUGCAAGUACCCAGCAAGCGGGCGGUAAAAAUUCUGGACUCUCAAAGAAAAAUCGCAAUAUCGUAAUUGGAUGUGUGGUCGGUAUUGGUGUUCCGAUUCUGCUCGGUAUUCUGGCAUUUUUCUACUUUUACUGUGUCAGAUCCAAGAAAACUAAUUUCAUCAAUUCCGAAGGUCAUGUUGUGACGGCAUACAAACAAAACAAAUUGACUAGAUGGUGGUACUCUCUCAUGGGCAAAGAUGUCAGCAAUGAGUACGAUGGCGACACUCCUAUCGGCGGUACGUCUGAUCUGGACGACGACAACAAUAAUGGUUCUGGCCAUCGUAGUAAUGGCGUAAGCAGAAAUCCAACUGAUGGCAAGGGUUCUCAUUCCAACGAACUAAUGCUGGACGAGGAAAAAUACUACGACGAUAAUGGCAACGAACUCAACGCGAGAAACUAUUAA